UUGCUUUUUCUUCUUGCCUUUUGUCUGUGAACUCAAAAGUGAAGUACAAGCAACUAAUUAUCUUCUCGUCAUUCCAACUGAAAAAACCAGUGUACUUUUGACUUACUAACAUGGAACCUGCAGUGUUUUGGCACACCUGCUUAACAAUUUGUAUCUUCUUUUCUGGUUUCAUGGUGUCAUGUCAUCAAACAGAAAAUCCAAACCAAGUUUCAUUGUCAAGCAAUUUCUUGUUUGGAACGGCCUCUUCAUAUUACCAGUAUGAAGGAGCUUUCCUCAGUGAUGGGAAAGGCCUCAGCAACUGGGACGUUUUUACUCAUGAAGCUGGUCAUGUUAAGGAUGGAAGCAAUGGAGAUGUUGCUGUUGAUCACUACCAUCGUUAUUUGGUAAUGCUCAGCCUUUUUUUGUUUUUUUUAAAUGCUUCAAAAAUUAAGUAAUUUCUGAAAAUACAG